AUGGGAGAACAAGGAAGCUUGCUUGUGUCCUGGGAUGGAGGGCCCAUGACUAGAUCCUGGGGGACUUGCUUGCUCCUGCUUACCAUUUUGGUGGCCCUGGUGUCCAGCACAGACCCAGGCAAAAAUAAGGUCAAGGUGUUGAGAGAAUUAAAACUGAUCAAUGCCUCAAAUGCCAACGUGAAGCAGUGUCUCUGGUUUGCCAUGCAAGAAUACAACAAAGAAAGUGAGGAUAAGUACCUCUUCCAAGUGGUCAAGACAGUACAAGUCCAGCUGCAGGUUACGGAUCGUUUGGAAUACUUUAUUGAUGUUGUAAUUGGCCGCAGCAAUUGUAGAAAGUUUUCAAACAGUACUGAAAACUGUUCCAUUCAAGAGAACUCUGAACUGGAAAAGAAAGUAAUGUGCAGUUUUUUGGUUGGAGCACUCCCCUGGAAUGGUGAAUUCAUGGUGAUGAAGAAGCAGUGUGCAGAUGCUUAG